AUGGCAUCUUCCGAAGUUUCGGCGCGUUUAAACUUCUUGAAUGAAUCUGCCCGUGUUCUUGCGAUAACGGCACCUGCAGUUUCCAGGCAGGUCAUGUCAACGUACAAUGCUCUCUUAUCUUGCAGCAAUCUUGAGCCGACGGAGUCGCACCGACGGGAAACUUGCGGUGCUUGCGGAACUAUCAUGAUUUUAGGACUAGAGGCGACAAUGGAGGCCCAAAAAGAAUCGAGACGAAAGCUGAAUGGCAGGCGCGAUGCUCCCCAGAGCAAAUGUAUCACUUUUGCAUGCAAAUGCUGCAAGAAGAAAACUCGACAUCCUAUUCCAACAUCUUUACCACGACACAAACCUAGGAAAACAUCGGCUCACGACCCAGAAUCUGCGAAUAUCCCUCCAUCAUCCGCCAAUCCUAAAUUAUCAUCCAACAUAGUUGCCACAGAGAGCCCAAGUACAAGUAGCAAGAAGCGAGCGAAGAAUCGGAAGCAGGGUGGCCUUCAAGCUCUGUUGGCGAAACAGAAAGCCUCUCAGGGCACGUCAUCUGGUUUUGGCCUCGAUUUGUUGGACUUCAUGAAGAAGUGA